UGAUUUACACUCACAACAAUGUCAUUUUUUAUGCAAGCAAUUUGCUGUGUAGCUAGUGUACUGAAACAAUGUCGUCACGUACUGUGGUAUACGUUAUUACUAUUGCUGUUAUGUCCCAUGGUAUGACUUAUGGUACCUAUGGUAACAAGUGGGAUCGCUUACCGAACGUGGUUGAAUCUCCACAUAUAAAGAACCAGUUACUAAUGGCUUGCAAGGGAGAGCAUUACGCGUCGAUCGCUAUUGAAGCAUUGCCAAGACAUGUUGGAUGCGGGACGCCGUAUUCAAUUCGUGUAAAAAUCAUUCCAAAGACCGACAUUCUUUACCUGCAAUGUGAGAYGAUUGUAAAAUUGAACGGAAGAACGAUUUUAAGGAAGGAUUGGCCAGGACUUUGCCAAAGAGGUUAUCUGGACUGCCCAUUGUUUAAAGGAGAAACGUAUACGCUUAAAAMUAAAGGAGACAUAUUCACCUGCCUUUUGAACGAGGGACAUUACAAAAUCUCAGUCUCAUGCUCUGAUCAGAACAACCUUGAAGUAUUAUGUGCCAUGAUGAGAUUCACUUGGACGAACUAGAUGGCCUCUCAUUUUUACACACAAGAAAAGCCUUAAAAUAUCAAGCAAUUGUUUUGCUCAAAAUAGUUUGAAUAACAAUUCAUCGUAAUAUUAACAUAUUUCAAUAACAAAUAAAAACAUCACAAAAUCAAGAAAACAACAAUGUACUACUAAACAGACAAAAAUAAGUUUAGAA